CAGAAUUCCAGUGUGAGAAAAAGAAUUGCCUCUCCUCUCUCAAUCUCUCACUGUCUGCCUCUCUCUUUCAGUAAAGUAGUGUAGUACUACCACUUGCUACUGCCUCUCUCUCUAACCUUCUCAAAAUGGCAGCUACAGCCUCCCGUCCCUGAAAUUUGGGACAGCUAAAAACCUCUCAUUUUCAUCUACUUGGCUCUGCUUCAAACCUCAUCAUACCACCAGUCUCUCAAGGGUAAAGUAUCCUUCUUUUCUGCUCUCUCUCUCUCUCGCCUCACACAUAGCAUUGCGGAAACUUUUCUAGCUUUCUUUUUCCAGCGACUAAGAUAGGUUUCUCCUUUUGCAUCUUGCCCACUGUUUCAUGUCCUUUCUGGUUCUUUUUAUCUUCAUUGGUUCCUGCAAGUAUUUCAUGAGCUUUGCCAAUUUGCCUUGGUUCAUUGACCAUAUUUUCCCCCUUGAUCUAUUCUUUCCUUUUCUUGUCUUCUUCAGACAACGGCUAGAGUUUCAGCAAAAUCUCACUCACAUGUGGGUUCUGAUGAUUUUCCUGUCUCGAGGAUCUUAUAAGUUGAACUGAGGGAAAAAAGGAGAGUUCGGGGUUUGGUGGGUUCCUCGUUUUCUACUAUGAGCAACAGAGAGAGUCUCUAGCCAAGAUUCUUUAACAGUGGUUUUACCUGCUCUUUGUUGGAUCACGAGGCAGAAUUUGGGCCGUUAUCUAACCUCUUUGGUUGGUAAAGGGAAUGAUACUUUCAUUGCUUGAUACUGAAUUGGUUUCUUUCCUUUUUGUAUUUGUGCUGAGAAUCUGUUGAAAACUGUAAAAAAAAUCUGCAUUUUGUACUGUGGGAUGGAGUCUUGUAGCUAUGCCUCUGGGGCUAAAGGAACUUUUGUCUCCAGUAUAGUUUCUUCAUCUUCAGAUACUUUACCAAGUACCAAAAGUGCUGCCAUGUGGAAUUGGGAUUUGAGACGAGCUGCUCCAUCUGGGUUUGGGAGUAGCAUCUUGGUUUCAACUCCAAAUCCAAUCCUUGAGAGUCAAAAUUUGGAGGAAUUAGGUUACCAUGAACUGAUGGCAAAACCAUUACCUUAUGAACAUGAUGACGAUGACAACGACAACGAUGAUGAUUCAGUUAGGUAUCACUUGAAUCAUACCAAUGGUGUUGAAAGUGACAGGUACAUGAAUCCAUUUGUGGUAGUCAACCCAUAUGCACUCUCAUUAGAAGAUGAGUCAAGUUCAAGGCUUUCUGGCUCUGUUGUGGACUCCAAUAGUAGGGAUUCUUCAUUCAUUGAUUUGAAGCUUGGGAGGGUUGGGGAUUGCCAGAAUUCCCGAAAAGCACCCAUUGUUUCCCCAUCUGAGUCGAACACUCCACCCAAAAGAGCACGAUUCGGAAUCAACUCCAAUACAGCUUACUGUCAAGUGUAUGGCUGUAACAAAGAUCUGAGCUCCUCGAAAGACUAUCACAAGAGACAUAAAGUCUGUGAAGUUCACUCCAAGACGGCCAAAGUCAUCGUUAAUGGAAUUGAACAGAGGUUUUGUCAACAAUGCAGCAGGUUUCACUUGCUGGCUGAAUUUGAUGAUGGUAAGCGCAGCUGCCGCAAACGCCUUGCGGGUCACAAUGAACGCCGGAGAAAGCCUCAAGUUGGUAUUCAUUCUGGAAGGACCGCCAGACUAAUUCAAUCCUACAAUGCAGCUGCAGGGUUUGGGAGUGGCAGACUCCAGGAGACUGGAUUGACAUCUUUUAUCUGCCAAGAUAUUCUCCCCAGAAGCCUAGUGUAUCCUCAGAAAUCUGAAUCGAAUCACUGGUCAAGAAGCGUGAAACUCGAAGAGGAGAGUGAUAGUAAUACGAGUGCUCUAUCAGCCAUUAUGCCCAUAACGAGCAGCCAUUUGCACUCGAAAUUCUCCUCUCCCCAUAGCUUUGAGAAAAUAUUUCCUCCAAUCCAUAAUAGUGUAGUGACUACUGCAGCUGCUGGAAGCAUCUUCAGUGAUCACAGCAACCGGUAUCCACAUGAUGUCGGAGGUUCUUCUAACUCUGGUUCAUCAUCAUGCUCUCUGCCUCAAGAUGUCUCCUUUGGUAAAAAUGAUGACUUCAUCAACUUUGAUCCAGCAUCAACCAUUCAAGAGUUAUCGGGCGUCAAAAUUGUAGACUCUGGUUGUGCUCUCUCUCUUCUGUCAUCUCAAUCUCAGAGUUCGUCAGGAAUCCCCCCCAUGGCGCAUCAUCAUCGAUCAUUGCUCAACCCAAACAACAGCAGUAGCAGCAGCAGCAGCAGCAGCCGUUAUGAUAUGCAACACCAGGUUUCUUCUUCUGCAAGGCUCAUAAGAUUUGGCUCGCACGUUUCUGCAGGUGCAUCAUCAGCUUCUGCGGAUGUGGGUCACUUGAAUCCAAUGUUCCUAUGUGACUUGGAUGGUGACACAGAUGGGAUUAACCAAGAGGGUCACAUUUUAUGAAUUCGAAGGACCAGCGCCUUUCGUGCGAAGAUGGAGGCCACACGAUUGACUUGCUGCAACUGUCUUCACAGCUCCACCGAGUGGAACGCGAGAAGCAGUUGAAACAAGAAGCUGAUGCCUUCUGCUGUCCCCGCAUCAUCUAAACUGCCCGAUAAAAAAAACCGAGGUAUUUCCUUUACUCACCUCGCCUAUAGAAUUGUAGUGUCAAAAUUUUGUGUGAAGCAAGUCAGUUAUGGUUCCACAACUUGCAAGUUGUAUUCAAAAUCUUGUGGUUAAGAUUUGAAGUUGCAGAGAGGAUGUCUGUUGUGCAAGCCAUUAACAAUGGGGCACCGUCGUUGUUCAACAAUGAACAUCUGCUGCUGUACUUUUUUGCAGGCGACUCAUCGGUGGGAGUUUUGACGGGGUACCCACCCUUUUCACAGGAAGCACUUGGCGUAUUGCUCAGUUGGUUUACCCCCAUCUUGUUUUUUUGUCUUCCUUGUGAUACCAUUUGGGUAAUGAGACCGAAUUUACCUGAAUCAUAAUGGAUUUAUGUGCAAGUAACAAUAUGAAACAUGAACUUCCACACGAAAAAAAGAACUUCCUUUACUG